UGAAUGACGCGCCUAAAAAUGUCUUAAUGUCAAAUGUCAAGUUGACGUGUGUGGCAUGUAGAGGUUAUAAUGACCGAGUAGUCCAAAAAAAGUCGCUUAGUGUCUUAAGAGUGUUAAGAUUUUGAGAAAAAACGUUUACGCCGUGACUGAAAAAAUGAGCACGAAACUCAUUUUUCGUAGCGGGUUGACAAAAACCGAUCCCCAACAAACACCAGUGUUGAUAAUCGGGCAGGUGAAGCAUUUAACCCAGUUGAAGUUUCAAGAUAUUAAGAGUAAGCUUGAGCCGAGGGUUAGUGAAGACGUGUUCAAGGUUGCGGUCUCUAGUCUGCAUCCAUCACCGACCGACAGCUGCUCCUUGUAUCUGAAUUUGGCCACGGUAGCCGCCUUGCCCGUCAAAUGUAGCAGACAUAAUACUCCUUCAAGGGCUCAUGCAAUCACCCGCCUGGUGCAGAGCUGCACCGUGGGGCUCGACGAGAGCAUUGUGAUAAUUUGCGAACGUAAUGAUGUGUACGCAAGUGGCUGUGCUGUGGCCCGGGCUUUUCCCCUCUACAGCCGCAAAACGGGCUCCAACACCACCGAAUAUUCAACAGUUUCGGUUGAAUUCGUAAUAGUUCCAUCCAACUCAGACGAAAUAGAUGGAACUGAACUCAGCGCCGAAGAACUGAAAAUCCUCGAUGAUGCCGCGACUGGAAUCCGUCUAGCCGCUCGUAUCGUCGACACUCCGUGCAAUGAAAUGAACGUCGACCACUUCCUUCAGGAAAUUCGCGAAGUCGGAGACGCUCUAAAAAUCCAACCGACAAUCAUCCGGGGCGAAGAACUGGCCGAAAGGGGCUUCGGGGGUAUUUAUGGGGUGGGCAAAGCCGCUAAUGUUCCCCCAGCACUCGCUGUGUUGAGCUACACCCCUCAGGGGGCUCAUUCGACCAUUGCGUGGGUCGGUAAAGGCAUUGUCUACGAUACCGGCGGUUUGAGCAUCAAGGGAAAAACUGCCAUGCCGGGCAUGAAACGUGACUGUGGCGGCGCUGCUGGGAUUCUGGGGGCGUUCUAUGCCGCAGUUAAGGCCAACUUUACCCAGAAUUUACACGCCGUGUUUUGUUUGGCCGAAAAUGCCGUAGGGCCCAAUGCCACAAAACCCGACGAUAUUCACACCCUUUACUCAGGCCGCACUGUAGAAAUCAACAAUACCGACGCAGAAGGACGCCUUGUCCUCUCAGACGGCGUUGCCUUCGCUCAGAAAGAUUUAAAAGCCAACGUAAUUUUAGACAUGGCAACGUUGACUGGAGCUCAGGGUGUCGCCACUGGUAAAUACCACGCAGCUGUGCUCACAAAUAACGAAGAUUGGGAAAACAUGGCAAUGGAGGCCGGCUUAAUUUCGGGCGACUUGGUUUUCCCGAUACCGUUCUGUCCCGAGCUACACUUUUCCGAAUUUUCUUCGGCCGUUGCCGAUAUGAAAAAUUCAGUGGCUGAUCGCAGCAAUGCUCAGUCGAGUUGUGCGGGGCUUUUCAUCGCAGCCCACUUAGGAUUUGAUUAUCCCGGAGUGUGGGUUCAUGUUGAUAUGGCAACGCCGGUGCAUUGUGGUGAAAGAGCCACCGGGUAUGGGGUGGCUCUCCUGACCACACUGUUCGGUAAGUACUGUAAACAACCGUUACUUAAGUCCAUCGGACCCGAUUUGGACGUGAAAAACGAAAAUCCGGCGAAAAAAUUGAGGAAGAAGUAAUUUUAUAAGGUUAAAGAGUGUCAUAUUUACUUAAAACGUAUAUUGUGUUUAAAACUUAUGCUUCAAUAAUUUUGUAUCACUACAAAUAAAUUUUAUAACAAUUA